AAAGAGCGGAAGGAAGAGGAAUGGUGGUGAGAAAUUGGGUACCCCAAUUAGAAAUAUUGAGACAUUCAUCUACGGGCGGGUUUUUGAGCCACUGUGGAUGGAAUUCUUGUAUCGAGAGCAUUAGCAUGGGAGUGCCUCUAGCAACAUGGCCAAUCCAUCACGAUCAGCCAUUUAACGCUAUUUUAGUGACCAAUUUGCUGAAGACUGGAACAUCUGUCAGGAGUUGGACACGUCGAGAAGAAUUGGUGACAGCAUCAACCAUUGAGAAAGCUGUGAAUACAUUGAUGGGCACGACAGAAGGGGAAGAGAUGAGGCAAAGGACAGUGGAAUUGAGAAAAAAGAUCAAGAGCUCUGUCAGCGAUGGAGAACCUGCACGCGAGGCAAUGGAAUCUUUCAUCUCAAAUAUUAUCAAAUAACUUCCUCGGGGGGAGGGUUGUAGACUGUUUUAAGAACAUCGUCUUGUGGGCUCAAUUCUGUAUCAGUAGAGUCACAAUACUACAGUUUGUCUCACUAAAAUCACUCAACUAUG